AUGUUUUGGCAGGGGUACAUGCAAAUUGCACCACCAGAUAUAAUACGUCUUGAGCAAGCCGAGAAUCGUUUACUAAGACCUCAACUGCUGAGCAUAUGUAAAGAUGCUUUGAAUGAAAACCUAAGUGAAGAUAGUUUCCUAUACCCUACAGGUCUUGGGGGCGAAGCAGCAAUGCGAAAAGGAUUCGCUUCAUUCUUCAAUACAUAUUUCAACCCUUCAUUAAAGGUAGAAGAAGAUCAUAUCUCGACGGGCAGUGGUUGCGCAAGUGUUCUUGAUUCACUGAUGUACUCUAUUUGUGAUGAGGGAGACAUUGUAUUGGCGUUCGCUCCAGUUGCCCGAACUUUUGAUAUUUUCACCAGACUCCAUGCACCCGCCACCAUUCUCACCAUACCUUCACCGAACUUCCGCAGCAUAGUGGAUUCCGACUCCGUCGAUCGUCUAAUCGCCACCUAUAAUGCAUGUUCUACUCAGUCCCGUAUUAAAGCCCUUUUGAUGUGUAACCCUCACAACCCUGGAGAUGACACUUAUUCCCCAGAGACUCUUCGCAGACUGAUGGAUUUCUGUCACGAAAAACAAAUUCAUUAUAUAUCUGAUGAAAUUGGUGCUCUCUCGGCAUUUAAUACAGAUCCCGAGAAACCCUUCACUUCUGCUUUAAGCUUGGUAGAGGAAGGAGCAGGAAUUGACAGGAGUAGAGUCCAUGUUAUGUGGAGUCCAAGUAAAGAUUUCGGUUGUGCUGGUAUGAGAGUGGGAUGUAUCGUAUCACAAGCGAAUAAGCCUUUACUUUAUGGAAUAUCAUAUUCGAAUGUCUGGCAAGUUUCAUCGCCCAGCAGCUUGUGUAUAACCGCAAUUCUUACGUCGCCGCAACUUCCAGCUCUUGUAGAAGCUAAUAAGGAAGGAUUAAGAGUUUCGUAUGACUUAUUGACAUCUACUUUGAAAGAUUGGAAUAUAGAUUACGUUUCUGUAAAAGCAGGAAUUAUAAUAUUUGUUAGAAUAGCAGCAGAUGCAAAGAAUGCGCAGGAUGAGAUGGCAGUCUUGGUAAAGUUGAGGGAUGAAGGGGUUUUGAUGUCUCCAGGAGGGGGGUAUUUAGGCUCUUACGGCGAAUUUGGAUGGGCGAGAUUGACAUUCGCUGUGAAGCGGGAAGUUAUGGUAGAGGCACUUGACAGGAUGAAGAAAGUUCUGAGGCCAAUUUCAAUGAUUUGA